AUCGACUUGAAACAACCGCUUUCAAUGAAAUGCAAUUAUCACAAGAAUUUAAUAUUGUGUCCAAUUUAAUAACGUGUCCAAUUUGCAUCUGCUGUAGAACAACAGUACAUUUGCGUGAAUGUGGAAAAGGAUAUAAAUGGCUGGGCAAUUUAAGAAGACACCAAAGAUUAGAAUGUGGCAAAAAGCCAUCGUAUAAUUGUUCAAUGUAUCCCAAAGCUUUUUACAGGCAUUACGAGUGGAAAAACCAUACAAUUUUGAAACACUCUGAAGUUCCUUCACGGGACUCUGGUGUCCAUAGAGAGAGUUAAAAAAUGUUUCCGCAAUUUCUUUAGAAAUUUAGAAAUUUUUUAACCCCAGUAGGAGAAAAUAAAAAUGGUUGAUGUUUGAAUACGAAUCUAAUGCAGAUAUAUUUUAAUUUGAUUAGUUGAACGAUAUUGAAAAUUCAGACUUUUUCAAAAAGAACACAGGCUAUUCGAUUAAUUGCUUUUUAGAAAAUUUACUUUAAAUAAUACUAUCUGCAUACGUAUAGAAACGAAAAUUGGAAAAUAUUUUGAUGUGCCUGCUGUAGUUUAGAAACUUGCUUAUGGACCUGUUUUGGAAUUUGAUAAAUGUGUAACAUUUUAUUUUGUGUUAUUUGAACGUAGAAUUUUCAUACUUUUAAAGUUGUAUAAAAUAAAUUGUUAUUUCGAAAUUGUUAGUUGUAAACCUUAGGAAUUGAGAAAUAUAUAAUUAUAUUUUGACCACUUGAUAGCUCCAGGAAAAAAUGUCCCGAAUAUAGAUAUAUGGAUGGUAAAAUCCGUCCAAAACCUAUGAAUACUCUUUUGGCAAAAACUAAAAAAUUAACUGGAAUAGCUAAAUGGCGACUAUCUUCAGCAAUUCAAAGCGAGGCUGGUCCUUCUUCUGGAAAAAAUCAAAUUGUGUAUGAAGUAAUUCAUCUACCUGUUGCCACUACUAAUUCCACAUGUUCUAAGGAAGUUAACGUUGUAAACAAUGAAAAUAAGGACCCAUUGGAGAAAAAAACUGAAGAAGAAAGUGAUACUUCUGAAGCAUUAAAGGAUCAGGGUCAAUCAGCAGAAAUUUAUGUGCCCCAAUCUAGUGUAGAAGGAUAUUUUAAAAAGAUAGUCCACUUGUUCAAAUUCAUACACUUCAAUUUACAAAACAUUGACAAAAAGUUGGAUAAUUCAGAGAAGGCAAAACCAGCACAAGAAACUAAUGACUACACGAUUCUCGCUCAUUUUAUUCCUGUAAAUAAUAUCGAGAGCAUCAAUCACUUUGAAAUGUUAAUUGCUACUGAUAAAGAUGCUGUUUCUCAAUUCAAAAAAAUGUUGACUCAAACUGGAGGACGUACUGUAAAGGAUAACAUAUACAGAUCACUGAGAAAGAUUUUCACUAAUGCAUGUGCCAUACAAUGCUCUUGGCAGGGACGAAAAAAUAACUUUCGAGUGUCUGAUUUGUCAUUUAUGCAAAUCAUGAAAGAAACGUUUUGUACAACGUUCCCACAUAUAACCGAAGCCGAAUUCGAAACAAUUGCUGCUGAGUGGUUUAGAUUUGCAAAGCAAAGAUUAAUCAGAGAGGAAACGAGGAUGAUGAGCAAAACAGACCCUUUACAAUGUGACCAGAAUUAAAAAAUCGCAGGAAAGGAGAACAUCUAACAAGCGAAAUAUGUUGAUUAAAACAUAAGUUGUGUUAUACAUUUAGAUUAUUGAUUAGACUAAAUCUAGUUUAGUAUUUUACAAUUUGAUGAGAUAUUUGUAUCAGAAUUACUUGAGAAUUGACAUUAAGAUUUUAAUGUAGCCUUUAAUUAAAAUUAGCUUUUUAGAUUUAUUACAAAACGUUUAUUCAAAAUUUAUCCGGCAAUUUUAUUCUCUUCAUUAAAGAUUCAGAAUUUUAAACUAUAAAAUGUUAUAUUAACUCUGUUACUCUAAAGUGAUUUUAACAAUUAUUCAAAUUUAAUUUUUUUACGAAAUGUGUUUAAGCGUUGGCUAUUUACUCAGAAGACAAAAAUAUCUACUAUCUAUUAUUCUUUUCAUGGGAAUUGAAUUAUUCAGGUAUAUUUUUAAGCGAUUUUUCAACUUAAGGUUUUAAAUUUUAUAGAAGUAAGUUAUUAUUCGUGUGUUUAAAUAAUAAUAACUUCAUAAUAUAGAUAACCGAGAUCAUUUAACUACAUCAUGAUCUG